ACAUUACAAACGUCACUUCCUCUCAGAUUCAGCUGCAAAACACAGCAGGGUCUUCAGAUUCAGGUUUUAAUAAACAGGAGUUUUGCAUGUCCGGAGCCGCGGCCGUGCUGCGCGUGCUGCGGGUUUAGAGGCGCUGCUGAGAUCCGGACGCGGGGAAGAUCUGCGGGCUGCGGCGGAGAUGAAGGGCCCCAGUGAUGAGACUGAAGUUAUAGAGGAGGGUACUCCAUCACCAGUCGACCCUAAUGGCGAAGAACUUCCACCUUAUCUGCGUGAAGAACCACCUGAAGAUCUGGACAAAGACCAUCCGAAGACGGAAGCGGGCGUGGUCUGGAGAGUGACAGGCGGCCUCUUCAACCUGACCAAAGGAGCCGUGGGUGCCACCCUUGGGGGCGUGGCCUGGGUGGGCAGCAAAAGUUAUGAGUUGACCAAAACCGCUGUGACUAGCGUGCCAGCGGCCGGCGUGGGAUUGGUUAAGGGCAGUGUUUCGGUGGUGACGGGAGGCGUGGGGGCAGUGGGCUCGGCGGUGGCUGGUAAAGUUACAACAAAGAAAAAAGACAAGUCGGAUUAAGCCGGCUAACUGCUCCACGCCUCACGUUUGCUUUGAUGUGUCCGUUAAUGUCUGAGCGGGUGUGUGUUUGGUCUCUCUCUAAAGGUUUAAGUGUUCGGGGAACAGUGAGUAGAGCAAGUUCCUGGCAGAAGUUGCCCUUUUGUGCUUCACAAGGACCAGCCUAUACUCCCUAUACUCGCCUGUUUAGCAUUAGAAUACGAACUGCAGAACAGUGCAAACGGGUAACUUCUGCUGGUGGAAUUUGCUAUGUGUUUGAGCAUUGACCAAUGGGAUCUUACUUUUUUUAUUGUUUUUUUUUCCUGUUUGUCCGAUAGUUUGAUUGAAUGUUUGUUUUCAUUUGUUACUUUGCUUAUUUUCUAGUUAAGGUAAGAGAUUGUGUUUCUAAGCUGAUAAUAACGUGUGUCACUAAGAAGAGACAUAAAUCCAUCUCCAUUCAUUGAAAUGACAAGAUGUAUAUACAGGGGUUGAAAGACAGUGAAACUGAAACACCUGUUAUUUUAAUGUGGGAGGUUUCAUGGCUAAAUUGGACACAUUGCACCAGUAAGAGCAUGAAGCGUGAGUGUGAAGGUAUAAUUAGCAGGGUAAGAGCACAGUUUUGCUCAAAAUACUGCAAUGCAAACAACGUUACGGGUGACAUACCAGAGUUUAAAAGAGGACAAAUUGUUGGUGCAUGUCUUGCUGGCGCAUCUGUGACCAAGACAGCAAGUCUUUGUGAUUAAGUAUCAAGAGCCACGGUAUCCAGGGUAAUGUCAGAAUACCACCAAGAAGGGCGAACCACAUCCAACAGGAUUAACUGUGGACGCUGUAAGAGGAAGCUGUCUGAAAGGGAUGUUCGGGGGCUAACCCCGAUUUGAAUCCAAAAAACAUAAAACCACGGCUGACCAAAUCACGGCAGAAUUCAAUGUGCACCUCAACUCUCCUGUUUCCACCAGAACUGUCCGUCACCACAAUAAAUUAUUGUGGUCUAAAACCAGGAGUUUCAGUUUCAUUGUCCAACCCCCUGUAUGUUUACAUUUGGACCAUCCAGUGUAAAACUCUACCUAAGUAUUAUUUAAAGCUCUACAGCAGAAUAACAAUUCAGUGUGUAAUGUUAAGACUGCUGUUAUGACUUGAGCAUAAUGGUUUGCUGCCCCCUUCCUGUAUAUUUAUCAUUUCCCUAAUUUUGCAUACCUGAUUCAACUCAUGGACUAAUUAAUUAUCAAGCCCUUCUUAUCUUGGGUCAGCAGGGAGAAAUGUGAAAAGCUUGAAAACCCCAGGACUGGGCAGAAGAACUGCUUUUUUUUUUUAUUAAAACUCCUACAGAAGUUUAGCUUCUACCAACAUCGCUGAUCUUACAAAGUCAAACAUUUUAAAUAAAAAUGGGUUUACCAAUAGCAGACAUGUUGAACUUGCACAGAUUCCAUCUAUUUCUCCCUUUGAACAUACAGCAUUAAAAAUACACUACACACUUAAACAUAAAAAGGUGCCAAAAAGAUUUUUUUUGGAGUGAUGCCUUGAUAAAAGAACUGCGUUUGAAUUGGAAUGAUUUAUCAAAACCACAUGUAAUGUGUCAAUCAGCCAAAAUGUGUUUGAUGUCUACGCUUAUGGCAUUUACGCAUUUACCUGGUGCUCUUAACCAGAGUUCCAGCUGGACUUGGUUUAUUAUAUUACAGAGGUGGGCCAAUGUAGUGUUAAGAGUCUUAAACGAGUACUGUAACUUAUUUAGCACACAAUAAUCACCCAGAUCAAUAAUAAAACCCCUUUGAUAAAACUUUGACAUGAUAACUGAUAGAUAACUGUCACGAACGUGGUGUUAUCCACUACCAUGCCCACCCAAGGAAUGGCUUUUAAGAAUCAUUUGUAUAUUGUCAGACAAGAAGUGUCUAAACUUUGCUUCUUCAGUUUUGUACUGGAGAUACAAGGCUAACGUAACUGAAUGUAGGUAAAUCUAUAGCUUUCACACUUAAAACACUAAAACACUGGAGUUUACUGGGUUACUUGUUCUGGUAUAUUUGAAGUUUGUGUAGCAUGCAUUUAAAAGGGUAUAACCUGCCAUUAAGGUCCUGAGAAUAACAGUUCAUCAAUUCUCCAGAGUGACUUCCAUGUGGAUCAUGUUACACAGGUAGUUAAAUGCACAGUUAGAUGUGGAGUCUUGGCAAAGGAAACCUGUGUAACUGGUGUAGAGUGGUAAAUUUGCCUAGCCAGGGAACCCAUCCGUAGUUUGGUGUUAAAAAGGCAACAACUCUACACCUACUGGUCUGAAAAUAUCAUUAAGCUUUGCUGGCCAUGCUAUGCCCCAUUUGCACAGAAGACCAUGCUAUUAAACUAAAGCUAUGCUGCCAUUUCAUUUUUAUUCUACACAUACCGAUCAUAUAGCCACUUCUGUUCACAUAUAAACAUGCUGGUAAUCUCCCAAGAAUAGUACUAGGUCAAUUUAAAUAGAUAAAAAAAAAAAAGAAUCCAGCUUGUGUUCACAUUAAACACCUUCAUACUGAAUUACAUUUUAAGGUGCUUUCAUAGCUCCCUUGUUUGAUCCAGACCUUCUGACUUUUUUAAAGUUUGGUGUGAAGCAAAAUAGCAGGUAUAAAGACAACAGGACUAAAAAUUGGUCUGAUCAAAAGAGGUGGUCUCCUCAGAAUCCACUGUAACUGUUAGUGCAGCCAAAAACGUGUAUAAAAAGACAUCUUUAAUUUCUAAGGGGGAUGUCUGUGAAAAAUAUUUCCCACUUCUACUCAGUGAUAAAACUCCUGCAACUCAGUGAGUUUUUUUUGGCUUUCUCAGUUACAUGAAAUCGCGUUCAGUAGCUCCUCCAUUUCCACUCCUCCAUUGCUGUUGUGUUUAUGUGGAUCUCUGUGGAAGCGUGCACCCAAAUUGUAAUUACGGUGCGUGGCAGUGGACAAAUAGCAAUUUUAAUAAAUACGAGGUGAUGAAACUCAGAGAUGUGGAUCCAGACAGGAAUAAAAUUACUAGAGGACCAGGGAGUUUUAGCGAAAAACAGUAGAUAAUUCAGCCUGUAAUUUGUCUUAGAAAAACGCAUACAUACAAUCACUGAGAUCCCCCUAAAAAAAAAAAACUAAUCCCGUCCGGAUAGGACCUUACGAAGCUUUCACACCUUUGACUAUGGAGUGUCCAUGUACACCUUGCUAAAAAAUCCAGCUCAAGAUCAGCUGGUCAUCCAGACUAAACAUACCCUUUACUGGUAGUUUACUGGUAUCCUUUACUCUUAACCUGCAUAGGGUAUGUUUUUUUUUUUUUUCUGGAUGACCAAAAGGGAAGUCAGAUUCUGACAGAGAUAUACUUCAUUAAUAUGAAGUAUAGAGAGACUCCACCCAGCUGAUGCUGAUGAAAACAGGAUGUAGCAAAGUUCUUUAGUCCCCUCUCUAAACUGCAGUGUGAAACCUAAACUAACCAGAUGAAAUUUGUACAAUUAUACAAGGACAUUUAAACAAUGGACUCCAGUUUAUCUACUAGUUAAGUCAGAUUUUCGUCACCUAUUGAACUACAGAAGAAGAGAAAGAACCAACGCUGUGUCAGAAUCUGAUGCAGUGGUAUGCUGAUGAGCGUGCAUAAGUGUGCAAUUAAAGGGAGUCCAAUUCUGGCAGGAAAGCAGAAUUUGGCAUGACACCAGGAAUUUAGUCUUUAGUGUGAUGGAAUAACAAAGUUUCUUAGUGUGCUCAUCUAACUGCACUGUGAAACCAAAACUACUCAGACCAAUUGCAUAAAAGAGUAUAACAGAAACAUGAACCUUGGUGUAACCUUUGGUUCUGACUUUAGGUGUGAAAAAAACCCUCAGUGACCAAUUUGUUAACCUUGUAUCUUCUGUGCAAAACUAGAGAAGCAAACUUUAGACAUUAAAUAUGUCUUGGCUGAUUGACUACAUGGGUCCAUUUUCACAAACUCAGAACAAGUGAACUCAUUUGAACGGAACUCAAAAGUGGUUAUUAUAGGCCAUGACUCCUUAAUUAUAAACCCUUAGAGGGGCACUAAAACUCCCUGAUUUUAGCUGACCCCACCCUCAGCUCAGAUUUAAAACAGGCUACAAAAUGGGAGGAAUAGUUUGUGAGAAGCACUGGGUGAUGUAUGGGUUUAGAUGCAGGGCAGGAAGGAGAGCUGAUUGGAGCUGCAGCAGCAGCAGUGUACCUCUGAUGAGGUACCUCUGUGAUGAGGUACCUCUGUGAGACGCAAAUGAUUGGACGUCAGAUGAGGGACAGUAUUAUUGAUUGAUUGAUUGAUUGACACAUAGUGCAGUUGAACUUAAGAGGGCGCAACAGAGGCGGAAAUUACCAGAAUAAAAGUGUUUUUUAAAAGUUAGAAAAUGUUAAUAAAAGUUUUAAGCAGGACUGGUGUGUUUUACAACUUCAAAGAAGCACAUUUCAGCUAAUAAUGGAAACAAUGGUUUAGGUUUGGGGUUUAGUGGAUCUUUAAGGCACUCGAAUGAACCAUUUGUUUUUGAGAACUAAAGCAGAUCUGUUACAGAUAUGGUUUUUGAGACACAAUCUGCAGUUGAGAAAUUUCACAUCGUGCUGUAAGAUGCAGAAAGCUGUUUUAAAUAUGCUACAGUUUUUCUUCACACUGCAUGACGAGAAAAUCACACCUUCAUUCAACACUUCGUCACGGCUGCUUUUACCACAGACAAACCCCCUGCUUACUCUGGUGUGUGACCUGGGACUUAAAGGAGAACUCUGGUUUUUAAAUUUAGUUUUGUUUUAGUACAUGAUAAAAAAGUACUUACCUUUUAAUAAAUAGCACACCUCCGUUCUCCCACAGGGUUCUGAGAUUUAGAAAUGUUAACAGUUUGUCCAAAUAUCCUGCAGACUGGGUGACACGGGGCAUAAUUUGCCCUGAUAAAUCACUUUUUUCACCGUUAUCCAGCAGCUCAAGUAGCUCCACACCUCCUUGCUAGAAUUAAGAGAGCCCUGACAUUUAAAACGAGGCAUUAAUAACUUAAAAAGUGAUAGUGAACAAGAAGUUUAUUAAAAAACACUGUUUACAUCCCAUAAUGCUAGCUUCAGCUUCAAGCGCCACUAUCACUGUGUGCCAGGAGGCAGGCUAUGCAGAGUCUAUGUUAGUAUAUAUAUAUAUAUAUAUAUAUAUAUAUAUAUAUAUAUAUAUAUAUAUAUAUAUAUAUGUCUGUCAUUAUCAGUACAGGAUCUAAACAGUGGUUUUUAAAAAGCUUCUUGUGCACUUUUUAAGUUAUUAAAUGUCAGGACUCUCCGGAUUCUAGCAAGGAGGUGUGGAGCUACUUUGAGCUGCUAAAUAACGGUGGAAAAAGCGAUUUAUCAGGGCAAAUUAUGCCCCGUGUCACCCAGUCUGAAGGGCGUUUGGACAAACUGUUGAAAUUUCUGGAUCUCGGAAUGCGCUGGGAGAACUGAGGUGUGCUUUUCAUCAAAGAUAAGACUUUUUUAUCAUGUUUUACUACAACAAAAGUAAAUUUUACACCAGAGUUCUCCUUUAAAGCCUAAGAUAAAUAAUUUAUUCUCACUUUAAAUCCACCUGUGAGCUGCUUUCAUUUGCUCCUCAAACCCAUCAAUUAAUCACCAUAUAAUAUAGUUUGUGUGUUUACCUGCCUCCGUUUGUCUCGAAUGUCUGCAGAGUUUGAGCAAAAUGUUUUUGGCAUUCAAAAGCAAACCAGUUCAGAUCCGCCGCCAAUGUAUUCUCUCUUCAUCUUGCAGUCUUUUAUUGCUCUCUGCAUCUCAUAGAGGUUCUGAUCAUUACACUACACUACGUGCAUGUGGAUUUUUUUCUUUCUAUUUUUCUUUCUUUUUCUGCACAUUUUUAUUUAACUCUUAUCUGUGUGUGUUUGUUUGUGUGUUUGUGUUUUUUCAUUAUGAUUAUUUUCAGGCACGUUCUUAGCUUGGAAUGCUAUUUGAGUACUGGUACAUUGCAUGCGUUCAGCUGUAGGCCUCUCCAUGCAGUGUGCUGCUGCUGUUCAAUCAUAUAUCUCUCCUUUCUUUAUUUCUUUCUUUUUCCAUUUUCAUGAUUUGUGAUGGGUGACUUUUUGUGUUGGAGACUCUGUUACUAUAAACUGGACUUUGGGGGAAAAACAAGUAGAUUUUUGUCUAUUAUAGAACUAUUUUUGCUAAAUUGAUGCUGUAUUCUACAAUUAAAGCAAUUCUGUAUUUUAGAAA